AGGGUUUUUUUUGCUGAAGAACUGUGCGUUUGUGAUCGGUUUCAGCUACUACUCGAAUAGGAAACAUGUUUGAGGCGCGCCUGACGCAGGGAUCCCUUCUGAAGAAGGUUAUGGAGGCUAUCAGAGAAUUAUUGAACGAAGCGUCUUUCGAUUGUUCCGAGAAUGGCAUUCAGCUCCAAGCUAUGGAUAAUUCCCACGUGAGCCUCGUGAGUUUGAACAUGGGUUCCGAAGGUUUCGACAAGUUCAGAUGCGAUCGCAAUCUCACCAUGGGCAUGAAUCUCGCUUCGUUGAGUAAAAUAUUGAAGUGCGCCUCGAAUUCGGAUGCGAUCACCUUGAAAGCUCAAGACGACCCGGAUACUGUCACAUUUACGUUCGAGAGCGAAAAUAAUGAACGCGUUUCCGAUUAUUCUAUGAAACUCAUCAACUUGGAUCAGGAACACCUGGGGAUUCCGGAUACCGAGUAUUCUUGCGUUGUUAAGAUGCCAUCGGCGGACUUCGCCCGUAUUUGCAAAGAUUUGUCCCAGUUUGGGGACUGCAUCACAAUUUCCUGUACGAAGGAGGGCAUAAAGUUUUCUGUUGCUGGAGACAUAGGAACCGGUAAUGUCAAACUUGCGCAAACAGCGAACGUUGAUAAGGAAUCUGAAGCGGUCACUGUAGAGAUGCAAGAGCCUGUCUCGCUCACGUUUGCAUGCAGAUAUUUGAAUCACUUCACGAAAGCGACACCUUUGUCCGAACAGGUUCAGCUGUCGCUCUCUGCGGAUGUUCCAUUGGUCGUCGAGUACAAAAUUGGAGAAUUCGGUCACAUUCGUUACUACUUAGCUCCGAAGAUUGAUGAGGAUGACUGAUCACUGGAGAGAAACCGUGCCUUACUCUUUCGGGCCUUCACCUUUGUCACGCAGUUUUGUAUUCCUAUUUUAUAACGAUCACUCGCUGGCGGGACUCAUUAAACAGAUUCUCCAUUCUUUGAAAGCAAA